AUGGUGAACAAGUUCUUCUCUCACCCGGCGGGUCGAGAGGGCGGAAAGGCGACGGAUGAGCGGUACCCACGGUCGCUGCACAACGGGCAGAGUGACGUUUACUCGAGCCUCACCCAUGGCGCACCGCGGCCACAAGCCGACCGUCACCACGGCAGUCGUCGCCGACGCAGCUGUGACUCGAGCGCUGAUGGCGAGGAUGACCACCGUGGCGCUGGCUCCGGCGCGCGCCGCCCUCGCACAGCGACCGGCUCGGUGCUCGUGGCCGCAGCCUCGGGUCCUUCGCCCGUCUUUUCACCCUCGCUGGAGGUCUCAACUGACGUUGUCCAGUCGCUGCUGCCUCCCUCCUCUCUCGCCAGAUGCAUCCUUGCCUUCGACGCGAAGCUGAUCGAGCUCCUCUACUGUCUAUCCCCUACGUCCGAGGAUCGCGAGCGAAUGCUGCGCGUCAUUGAUGACAUCCGCGCGACGAUGCAGCGAACCGGCAUGGAUAUCCAGAUCUACGGCAGCCUCUGCACUGGGCUUGUGAUACCGGCAAGUGACGUGGACUGCGUCCUCAUGCGCAGCGGCGAUCAGCAGAUUGCUAGUGCCAUGUCGGAGAACUUGUCCUGCGCGAUGCUUACAAUCGCCUCCGCGGCUACAGGCUCAGUGUCUCAGAAGAGUCUCAAGAUAUCCCUCUCGACGGCUGUUCGAGUCGUGGCGGAGCGCAUGCGGAAGAGUCAGAAAUUCGCCCACGUAACCUCGAUUGCCCACGCGAAGGUGCCAAUAGUGAAGUGCCGCCACCGCCACGAUGAUGUAAAGGUGGAUCUGUCGUUUGAACAGAGCGGCUGCGUGUCCUCCAACUACCUGUGCGAGCUGUUCUGCGAGCCAGGCAACGAGAUGGCGCGACCAUUGAUCGUGCUCGUCAAGGCACUGGUGAACAACUGCGGGCUCGACGAACCGAGCAUGGGCGGCCUCGGCUCCUUCCCGAUCUCACUGCUCGUUCUCUGGUACCUGCAGCAGUGCGUGCGCACACGCUUCUCGGCGGAGCUGCAGCGGAGCAUUGGCGCCCUUCUUGCCGGCUUCCUCAAGUACUACGGGACCGAGUUUGACUUUCGCCGCCUCGGCAUCGACUUUGUUCAGCAGAAGACCUUCAACAAGCCACCGGCCGAUGUCCUCUACAUUGUGAACCCCAUCCGCCCCGAGACGAACUGCGCAAAGGCGGCUACCCUCUUUGCCACGCGCGUCGUGCCGCUCUUCCAGCGAGCCUCGGCCACAUUCGUGGGCCUGCUCGACGCCAACGCCUCCCCAGCGACAAUGGAGUCCCAACUGCUUCACUACUUUGCCAAGGCCGCGUCGGGUGUGCGGAAGUGGCGGGACGUGUCGCGGCGGGCGGCGAGGGAGCUGCAUCUCGUGCAAAAUGUGUGGGACGCAGAAACUAACAUGUACGUUGGGGGUGUCCUGUGA